AUGAUUCACUGCACGUCCGUCCGAGCGUCGUACACCUUUGACGACGUCGUGAACGACACGGAGCUCGUGCACUUUGACGAGAACGUGACGCACGACCAGCACGUGCUGAUCCCGUUCCUUCGGCGCGCGCUCGCGCGACAGCCAGCGCUCAAGCUGUUCCUCGCGCCCUGGAGCCCCCCGGCCUGGAUGAAGCGCACGACGCUCGACUUCCCAGUGCCCAGCAUGCUGGACUCGGCCAAGCCCAUUGGCCUGAAAGACGACGCUCGAGCGACGUGGGCGCUGUACUUUUCCAAGUUCAUCACGGCGUACAAGAGACACGGCAUUGCGUUCUGGGGCCUCACGCCUCAGAACGAGCCACAGGCAGAGGUGCCGUGGGAGUCGUGCAUGUACACGGCCGAGUACCAGGCCGAGUUCAUUGGGAACUUCCUUGGACCGACGCUGAAGCGGGACCAUCCCGGUCUGGUGCUCAUGGUCUUUGACCACAAUCGCGGCAGUGUCCAUCAGUGGGCGACAGAGAUAUACAACCACCCUACUGCUGCUCAGUACGUGGAUGGCAUGGCGUUCCACUGGUACGACGAGCAGCGCUACAUGGAUGGCGUCGAGUACCACGAGCGUCUGAACGACACGCACUUUGUGGAUGAAAACCGCUUCAUGCUGGCGACAGAGAGCUGCAACUGUCCCGGUGUGGGGCACGGCGACCUCGCGUGGUUCCGUGCGCAGCGGUACGGACACGACAUCAUGACGGAUCUGAACAACUACGUGGCUGGAUGGGUCGACUGGAACUUGCUGCUCGAUCACGAAGGGGGGCCCAAUCACUUGGCCAACAUGUGCGAUGCUCCUAUCAUUCUGACCGAGGAUGGAACAGACUUCUACAUCCAGCCCAUGUACUACUUCAUCCAGCACUUCUCCAAGUUUAUUCCUGUGGGCUCACGCCGCGUUGAAACGCAAGUGGCAGCAAAGUUUGCGCGUCCGGGUGAUCCGCAACUGUUCGUGGACUAUCCGUCGAUGCUGGCAGCUUGCGAUGGCAGCUCGCGUCAACGGUUGCGGCCGACGGACGAUGGCAAGCUGGAAGUGACUGGCACGGGCUUUUGCAUCGAUCUGAAGGAGAUCCCGUGGCAGGGACAUCAAGGACUGCUCGUGGAGUGCAGAUACACGCAGCAGCAUUGGACGUAUGAAAUGGACACCGGCCGCAUUCGCAUGGGCGAUUACUGCAUCUCACUGAACCACGGGUCCACGGAGAACGGCGUGCGCAUCAGCACCGACUUGUGCGAACACGAGGUCGUGCCGCACCAGCAGUGGAGAUUUGACGCGGAAGACGGCACCAUGCGGUCCUUUGCGUCGACGACGGACCAGUGCGUGACUGCCGGGUAUGCGUUUGUGCAGGCCGCUGCCUUUGUGACUCCGGAGAACCGGAAGGUGCUUGUCGUGAUGAAUGAGAACACGGAGCCGGUCGACUUUGAGCUGCAGGUUGGCGGCAAGGCGCUGGAGACGACGGUGCCUCGCGGAGCCAUUCGGACGUUCACGUGGGAGUGA